CUUGGGAUUUCAUGUCAUGUUCACCCGUCAGUUUUAACCAUUGCGUUCAGCCUGUUUGCUUAAAUCCGUUUUAACGCUGGUGUGUUUGUUCCACCAAAAUUUUGCUGCGCUGGUGGCGUAAGCUUGACGAAGUCAUCAAAGUAUUCCACCUAGGAACACAAUGGAGCAAGAUGAAACCCCUUCAAGCCCAGUGGCAAAUGCUCAUGAAAGUGACAACGAGUCUGCAAAAUCUGUAGGAAGCAAUAAGUCUGGAAGAUCAUCCAGGUCAAGGAAAUCCAGAUCAAGAUCAGUUUCGUCUGAAAGGCGUUCUGCAUCAGGGUCACCUGCCUCAAGGCCAAGGUCCCGUUCCAGAUCUAAGUCUGGCUCCAGGUCGCCGUCAAGAAAGUCUGGGUCUCCAUCACCACCUGGAUCACCAGCGAGGUCACCAGCAGAAUCGCCUGCUGGAUCACCUGCUGGAUCUCCUGCUGGGUCACCUGCCGGAUCACCCGCGGGAUCACCAACUGGAUCACGAGCAGGAUCUCCGAAUGCUGGGUCCAGAAAUGCCUCCAGAUCACGCUCCCGUUCUCGCUCCUCAUCUGCUUCAAGGCCUGGUUCGCGAGCAGCGUCCGGGUCGAGAGGGUCAAGGUCACGAUCAAGGUCCAAGUCAGGUUCAAGAGCUGGGUCUGUGCCUCGAGAAAAGUCCAGGUCUAGAUCGCGGUCUCGUUCAAGAUCAAAGUCUGGAUCCAGAGCAUCAGGGUCCGUCCGAUCUAGAUCUGGCUCGCGGUCAAGGUCUCGUUCUGGUUCAAGACGCUCCCGGUCUCGUUCAAGAUCAAGUGCGAAAUCUCGUUCGAGAUCGAGGUCUGGCUCUAGAUCUGUGUCAAGGUCGCGGUCUCGGUCGCGUUCUCGGUCCAAAUCGGGCUCGCGCUCUAGAUCCAGAUCUGGCUCAGCUGCUCGCGCAUCCAGAGCAUCCAGAUCCCGCUCAAGGUCUCGAUCUAGGUCCAGAUCUAAAUCUAAAUCAAGGUCUAGAAGUCCUUCUGAGGUGGAGGAAAGGAGAUCUGUUGUGGAUAGUGAAUCAGAUCCAGAAAAAUCCAAGCCCAAGAAAGGUUCUCAGAAAGGAAGUGAUGCUGAGAGUGAAAGUGGGGGUGCCUCUGAUGCAGGCAGUGGCUCAGAGCGUAAAGUGAAAAGAAAGAAAAAGAAACCUUCCCAAGGUAUUGCAUCUGAUUCAGAAGAUGAAGGCCAAAAGUCUGAUUCCAGUCGAGGCCGAAAGAAAAAGAAGCGUGCAGUUCUUUCAGAUUCUGAAGGAGAGGAUGGGAAGUCCUCGAGACGAAGUCGUAGCCGUAGCCGAUCUGGAAGCAGAAGCAGAAGUGGUAGCAGGAGUGGAAGUGGAAGCCGGAGCCGGAGUCGGAGUCGCAGCGGAAGCCGGCGCCGCAGCAGGAGUAGGAGCGGAAGUGGGAGCCGCAGCAGAAGCAGGAGUCAUAGCGGCAGCAGAAGUAGAAGUCACAGCAGGAGCAGGAGCAGAAGUCGCAGUCGGAGCAAGAGCAGAAGCAGAAGCCGCAGUGGCAGUCGUAGUGGAAGUGACAUAGAGAGUGGCAGUAAAGCUAAAAAAAGGCCUGCUCGAGAUGCACUUUCAGAUUCAGAUGGCGAAGGAGGGGAGCCGAAGAAAUCGAAAGGGUCUGGUGAUGAGGGAGGGGCUGCUGGUGAGGGUGGAGCUAGUGGCGAUGAGGGGAAAGUAGAAGAAAAUGCGGAGGCUGCACCUCCUGCAGAUGCUGGUGAUGAUUCUGAUGAGGGACCAUCCAGAGACGACACUGGUUUGUCUGAUUUUGAUGUUAUGCUUCAACGAAAGAAAGAGGAAAAGAAGAAGCGAAAGAGAAAAGACAUUGAUAUUAUUAACGAUAAUGAUGAUAUAAUAGCACAACUUUUGGCUGACAUGAAAAAUGCAGCUGAUGAGGAUCGCCGUUUUAACCAGCAAAAUAAACCUGCCACCAAUAAAAUUGCUAUGCUUCCGAAAGUUAUGUCUCAAUUAAGAAAGCAUGACCUUCAGUUGGCGUUCAUUGAGCACAACGUCCUCUCUGUCUUAACAGAUUGGCUUGCUCCUAUGCCAGAUCGUAGUUUACCGUCUUUGAGAAUCCGGGAGAAUAUUCUGAGACUAUUGAGAGAAUUUCCCCGAAUUGAUCAAUCAUCACUAAAGCAGUCUGGGAUUGGUAAAGCAGUGAUGUAUCUCUACAAGCAUCCUAAGGAAACUAAAGAAAAUAAAGACAAGGCAGGCCGGCUUAUAAGCGAAUGGGCUCGUCCAAUUUUCAACGUUUCUACUGACUUCCAAUCCCUUAGCCGUGAGGAAAGGAUGCAACGUGAUCUUGAGCAAUUACCCAAGAGGAGACGGGGAUCAGAUGAAGAUAGAGAAGAGCAAGCACCUCGAGAACUUGGCAAAGCUCUUACUGCUGAUGGAAGGGAUGCCCUAAGACCAGGUGAUAAAGGAUGGGUGUCCCGUGCCCGUGUUCCAAUGCCAUCAAAUAAGGAGUAUGUUAAUCGGCCAAAGUGGAAAACAGAUGUUGAUAUGAGUAGGACUUCCAAGAAGCAGAUGACCAAAUUUGAAAAACAUUACAAGACUUUCAUUGAUGCAAAACGAGCUAAACAAGUACGACGAGCGGUGCAAAUUUCUAUUGAAGGUCGAAAUAUGGCCUUGUAAUACUAGCUAGACUUUUGUCUCCCUAACUUUAAAAAUUGGUACAUGUGUAAAUGACCUGAUUUGUGUCCCUCUUUCUCUGCAGUCUCCUAAUCUGUAACAAGUUUACAAAUAAUUGACAAAUUUGAUCAUACAUAGUGUAAUUUUCAAAGAUAAAUUUCACAUUUAAACUAUUGUCUCAUGAUACUGUAGCGUUAAGAUAUCCAUAGGUUUCUGCUAGCUUGUGCAGUGAAAAGACUCAUUUACUGAGCAUCAGAUGGCUCAUUUUUUUUUUAAAUGUCAACAAUUACAAGUUUGUGAAAAACUGGAUUAAUUGAAGAGGUAUGUGGUGUGGUGUGACCUUAAAACAAGGAUUAGACAAUCACGACUGAAAUACUGUGAUAUUUCUAAAUAUUGGUAUUAACUAACAUGUAAAUGUAAAGCAGAUUAUGUGCCAUUCAGAGAAUAACCAUCAGUUUGAUGUGUUUGUCAUUUGUGCAAUGCUAAGUUAAUAUACUAGUAUGUUGGUUUUUUUUAGUUUUCAAUACUUGGCCAUAACCUGCUGUGCAAAAUUUUUGAGUACCUCUCAAAUUGCUCCAAUAUUUUACAAACUCAUUAGAUUUAAACUUUUUGUUCCCCUGGAGAAACUGACUUUAUGUGUGUUCUGUCGAUGUUUAAAGCAGCAGUGGUUGGCAAAUAAACUGUUGAAGGUUGCCGAAACCUUUAAGUUACUGGUAGGAAAUUCCAAUUGUGUCCUCAUUGUACUUAAUCAAGUAGCAUCCUUUUUUUGAAAUUUCAGCUAAAUUGAAGUAUAAAUUCAGCCUAAGUUUGUGACCUUGUGUUGUGGUGGUUUUGUUCGGACAAGGUUAGCUAUGAUGUAAUGAAGCACAAUGUACAAACAAUAUUAUAUUAAAAUAUUAUAUUACAAAUAG